AUGGACUCGUUCACCCGCAAGGUCUCGCGCCUCAAGAUCGGCAUCGAUCUCAAGCAGCAGGCCCCUGGCUUUGUGCCAUCGUACACCACGCUGGAUCGCAUCGAAGGCGAGGUGACUAUCCAGGCCGACCGGGACACUACUUUCGACCACAUUGCCAUUACUUUUGACGGAACAUCUACAGCCCGUGUGCAGCGCCAGGGCAGCAUGGCACAUCCCUCCAACGACAUCAGCGCCACCCAUCAAUUCCUCCGCCUGCGUCAACCCAUCGACCACAACAGCUACCCAGAGCCGCGCCAGUUCAAACCGCUAUGUCUGUACAAAUUCCCUUUUACAUUCGUCGUGCCCGAGCAACUCCUGCCCCAAAGCUGCAGCCAUUCCACCGAUAACCCGCAUCUGCAGGCUGCGCACAUGCAGCCGCCGCCGAGUCUGGGCGACCCGAUGAUGGCCAGCGAUGGCAAGACGCUGCUCGACGACCUCGCGCCGCAAAUGAGCGAGAUUCUGUACCGUAUUCGCGUGAGCGUGUACAGGCCGAAUACUACUGAUGGCAAGUUGGUGCCGGUUACUGCAGUCGCGAAAAAGAUUCGUGUUGUGCCUGCUAGUCUCGAGCAGCCGCCACUCGAGGUGACUUGUAACUGCACCGAUGACUACCGCACGCGCAAGGAAAAGGAUGUCCGCAAGGGCCUUUUGGGGAAAAAGACUGGUCGGCUCGUCAUGGCUGCCGCCCAGCCCAAACCGCUGCAGCUCCCGCCGCCGGGUGAGGAGACUGACAAUACCAUAAAUAGCCAUCUCACUGUGCAUGUGCGGUUUGACCCGGAGAAUGAUGAGCAGCCGCCGCGGUUGAAGUCUCUAUGGAGCAAGUUGCGCGUGUUGACGUACUUUUCGGCGGAGCCUUUUACCACGUUUCCGUCAAAGAGCAUGGCAUUAAUGUGGAGCUCGAUGCAGGGCGUGUAUACCGAGACGGUGGACCUUUCGUCGCUGUGCGUCUUGUCGGCGCAGUGGGAGAAACACGCUGCAUCAGAAAACGUGCGUCGCGGCUCGCUCGAGUCGACUGCUUCGGUGAAUACUAUUACUGGGCCGUCAGCCUCGUAUAGUGGAAAGGACUUUUAUACUGCGUCUAUUAUCGUUCCUAUUUCGUUACCCAAAACAAAAGCAUUUGUGCCGACGUUCCAUUCAUGUCUAAACUCGCGCGUGUACGCACUCGACCUGUCUCUGUCGUAUCAAUCCCCAAGCGCCAAGGUCCUCGUGUCAAGCGUGUCUCUGAAAAUUCCUAUCCAGAUUACAUCUCCAUACCGCGAGACGGCCUCGUUGGAUACAUCGGAUCCGGUCCUCUCGCAGAUGCAGGUCGAGGAAGAGUUUUAUCGGCCACGCAGUAUUGCACCGCCGAGCGACGAGUAUCUAGAGCAGGAUUCUCUGCUGCGAGCCUCAUCUCGAGUUUCUGCAGGUGAUUUUCCAGAGGAUGGCAGUCCGCCAGACUAUUCCAUGACCGUGCAACCUCAGAACACGCGCACGAGCUCGUCGUGUCCGCGGCGAAGAGAUUAUAUGAUGCUGGCUGCGUGUUGA